AUGCUUGGAGUAAACAUCUGUGCCUCUUUCAUCCUAUUGAUUUCAUUGCAAGAUUGUCAAUUGAGAAUUCCCCUUGUGAAUCCAAUUCUCAUAUCAGCAAUCUCUUUAGUAUUGGAAUACGUUGUACUUGGUACACAGUCGACUCCUUUCACCAUAUUGCUUAAGAUUUCGCUUCCAGCGAUAAUCCAAAUAGACGACUCUGUUGAAUUGAGGGAGGAAGAGGCUGAAAAGGAUCACACUGUGCCUGAUAAUGAUACUAGCAGCAAAAGCAAUUCAAUAAUCAAAGACGUUUUACUGCAUUCAGAUACAAGGGCUAUAUUCAACUUUUUACUUUUGAACUCUGCCUUUAUGUUUAUUCAGCUUUUAUACUCGUUUAGAUCCAAAUCUCUUGGUUUAUUGUCUGACUCCUUGCAUAUGGCAUUAGACUGUACAUCAUUGGCGCUAGGAUUGAUUGCAGGAACACUACUGAAAAAUCCCAUUGACAUCAAUGGUAAAUACCCCUUUGGGUUGAAGAAUUUUGAGAUUCUUGCUGGGUUUACCAACGGUACAUUGUUAGUCGGAAUCUCGGGUAGUAUUAUAUUUGAAGCGGUAGGAAGACUCUGGAAUCCAGUGACACUUCAAAAGACAAACGAAUUGAUUAUAGUUUCUUUUUUGGGUUUAUUGGUUAACUUAGUUGGUAUCUUUGCCUUUAACCAUGGUCACGGGGGCGAGGGAGGUGGACACAGCCAUGGACACAGUCACAGUCAUACACAUAGCCAUUCGCAUGGAACAGGUACUGAUGAAGGCGAUAGUUCAAACUCACAUAUGAAUGACAACAUGAGAGGUAUUUUCCUUCAUAUUCUCGCCGAUACCCUUGGAUCUGUCGGAGUCGUUCUUUCCACUAUUCUUACCAAAGUAUUUAAAUGGGAAGGGUUUGAUCCUCUUGCUUCAAUAGUCAUUGCAGUUUUAAUUUUCCUUUCCGCCAUUCCACUAAUCAAAUCAACUGCAGGACAAUUGUUACUUAGUACAGACACCAAGAAGGAAAAAAUGCUAAGAUCUGUAUUAGAGAACUUGACUGAAGUAAAGGGAGUCAAAUCCUACACAACGCCUAGAUUCUGGCCCUCCAAUGACUGUCUGGCACUUACCGGGUAUAUCCACGUCCAAAUAUACAGAGGAGAAAACACUACCUAUAUUAAGAAGCAGAUUGAAAGACUUUUCGAGGUGGAGGACAUUCUGGUCACUAUCCAGAUUGAGAACGAUUAUGAUGAUUGUUGGUGCAGAUCAGACAGUGAAAUCAACCCUAUAUAG